AUGCCAGGCUGCAGUGCGUCUUCUCGCGCCUCGCCCGCAUCAGACGAUGACGAUUCCCCUAAUGGAUUUGAUUCCCUUCACAGCAGUUACUGGAUGCCCACCUCCUGCCCUCCCACUCUCUCCGCCCCCUGCUCCCUCACUCACCCCGUCCUCUUCCUUGCCUCCUACCCUCUCCCUCCUGCUCCCAAUAAGCCACCAUUUCUACCGCACAGCUUCCUCUUCCCGUCCCAUAAACACUCACUCCGCCUCCCGCAGUCUGCCCUGCAUUCAGCGCCCUCAACAUCAUCACCAGUAGCAAGCCUUCCGCUGCCUCACGCGCCCACCCCUUCUUCGCCCAGCCUUGUACGUUUCCACUCACAUCACGCGCACAACAAGCUCGUGGAGGCUCCACAGCCACGGAAGUUCCCAGGAGAUGGACGUGCGGGGGAUGAAGGGAGAGUAGUAGGGGGUGCAAUUAGGACAGAAGCAGUGCCUGAUGCGACACUGGCUCUGCAGCAGGGGCCCGGAGGACGGGAGCCGGGGCUUGGUGCUGAACUGGCACUUGCACAAUCAAUGGGGCAGAUGCGGGAAAGAGAUGGUCACUGUGUUGGCAAUGGUGGUGAUACCAGUGACAGUGACAGUGACAGUGACAGUGACAGUGACUGUAGAAGUGGUGACUGGGAGCAUGAUGAGGAGACAGGGCAGGAAAGCGGCAGCUGCGGCAGAGAGAGAGUGAGGAAGGAGGAAGCAGAGCGGGUGGAGCGCAUGUGGUCAUUCAUCCGCCACCAUCCUCCCUCUCUCCCUCUCAUGCCUCGCCUCCUCUCCUGGCGCCUCCCACCUGACCGCUUCCCUCCCACAACCCCCUCCCGUCCCACCAAUCCCACCAUUGCUGCGCAAGCGAGCCAUGGCAUCGCACGUCUCAGCAGCAGCAGUGGCAGUAACGGCACUAGUGGUGCAGUGUUGGACCGGCGACUCGUGAUGCUGCUGGUGCGGCGGCUGAAGGAGAGGCAGCGAAACCAGCAAGCUCUCGAGCUGCUCCAAUGGCACAUGGCCCGCCUCUCCGCACACCACUCGCCACACAGUCUGCAUGAGCAUGAGCAGGGGAGCGAGUCAAGCCACACAGACGUGGAGAGGGAGGACCCGGAGUGGGAGGUGUGUGAGCUGAUCGAUGGCUUGGCUCGCUGCGGCAGAUGGAGCGACGCCAGAGACGCCUUCCUCUCCCUGCCAUGCCACGCCCGCUCUCACAAGGCGUACAGUGGAGUGUUGUACCAGCUGGCGCGCACGGGCCGGCACAGCCAGUUGCAGGAGGAGCUGCAGUGGCUGCAGCAGGCAGCAGGGGCGGCGGCGCUGGGUGUGAGCGCAUUCAACGCGCGCCUGCUCGCCCUCUCCACCCUGCCGUCGCGUCUAGCUUCGGCUGAUUCAUUGACACAGAGGAUGGAUGACGUCAUGGAAGAGAUGAGGGUGAAGGGCGUCGCCCCCUCCCUCUUCACCUUCCACAUCCUGCUGCGCCACUGCCUGCACCACCCUCCUCACGCACCCACGUCCUCUCCUGACCGCCUCAACGCCCUCCUACACGCCAUGCAGCAGCACCACCGCCUGCUCCCCUCCGCGCAAACCCACUCCAUCCUGCUCCAAGUGUUCCUUCACACCGGGCAGCUGGGCCGCGCAGAAAAAUAUUUCCACGCCAUGCUGGGGGAUGGCAUGGCACCGUCCACUGCUGCUUGUGCUGCGUUGUGGAUGGCAAUGGGGCGGGCGGGGAAGGGGGGGCGUGGGGGGGAGGUGGAGGGGAUGUGGAGGAGGGUGGGUGGGAUGGGGGUGAGGGUGACUAGACCCAUGCAUGUGGCGCGCAUAGCAGCGCAUGUGGCGGCUGGUGACAUAGCCAUGGCAGAAGAGGCGUUCUCCUCUCUGCAUGCCUGCAUCCGUCGCCUGGACCUGGAUGCCUGCAACGCGCUUCUCAAGGGGUACACUCGAGCUAACAUGCCAGAUGCUGCACUGCGAUUGGUUGAUGACAUGCACCGGGCUGGCAUUCCGUGCGGCACGGCCACACUAUCCCUCCUCCUCUCCUGCCUCUCUCGCUCCCACCGCCUCUCCCAUGCCACCGCCCUUCUCUCUCAACUGGUCACCACUCCUGAGACUCCUGUAACCGUUCACCUUCCUGCCACCACCAAUCCAUUGACUUGUCCAUUUCAUCCCGAAUCCCUGCCUGGGUCCGUGCAUCAGCGUUUGUCACCUCCUGCUACUCCUCGUCACACCCGUCCCUCCCACCACCCCCCUCACCCCCACGGCUCACACCCCUCCACGCCCCCAGCCGCCAUCAAGCGGCGCACGCUGCGGGGGCUGAUGGAGGCACUCAAAGCAGAGGGGCACGUGGAGGGCGUGAGGCAGGCCAUGCAGGCAGGCGAGGCCAUGUGGGGCCGCGGUGAGGUGGCCUGGUACAAGAUGCUCAUAGGGGCCAUGCUGCGACGCGCUGAGGUGCCUGCAGGGAAAGGUGGAGGAGGGGAGGGGGAGGGUAUCAGUGGGGGGAGGUGGGAGGAGGCGGCGAGGGAGGUAGAGGAGGAGAUGCGGGUGAAGGGAGUGAGGGCGGACCAUGAGGUGAGAGGGCUGCUCAGGAAGCUGAGAGGCGUUGCGGAUGUGCAGCAAGGGAGAGCAGCACGUGGGGAUGAUGUGCGUGUGGAGUAG